AUGAAGCAUCCGGCUGUUGAGCAAUACACUCCUCGCGCUGAAGGUCAACAAGGAGGCCUUUUGGCGGCGUCGACUCGAUUCCAAGAUGGCAUGAAACCACCCAGUCCGGGUGACAGGAGCGACUUUCGGGCAACCAUCGUCGUCUCGGCCGCAGUGCUCAUGAUGUGCUCGACCGUCGCGGUCACGUUUCGGCUCGUGAGGAGCUGGCAGAAGCUGCGAAAGUUCCAGCUUCACGAUCUGUUCAUCUUCCUCGCCUACGUCUGUGCCGUGGUCAUGUCCGCAAACUGCGCGCUGCUCACCACGCGCGGCCUCGGCUGGCACGACUUCGACGGGUCGAUUGCGACCAGCGAGAGUUUCCAAGCGACCGUCAUCACCAUCAACUGCUUCUACUUCACCUGCAACCUCUGCGUCAAGCUGUGCCUGCUCCAGCUGUAUCGUGCCUUCACGAGGAACCUGUGGGGCACGGUGUUGAUAUGCUUCAUGGAACUGGCCUCGAUCCUCUUCUGGCUUGGGUCCUUCCUGGCCACUGUGUUCGAGUGUGUUCCUCUCGCGGCGAUCUGGGACUGGACCAUCACAGAGGGAUGGUGCAUCGACGUCGUCCUGUUUUAUCAUGCCAAUGCCUCCAUCAUGAUUGCCAUGGACUGCGUUCUGUACUUGAUUCCCAUCCUGUUCACCUGGAAUCUCCAACUGUCUCGCCAGAAGAGAGUCGGCAUCGUCGUGCUCUUCGGAUUAGGGUUCAUCGUUGUGGGCUCCUCGUGCUAUCGCUUAUGGGUCAUCCACGAGGUCAUUCGCAACGGGGACAUGUCGUACAAUUACGGACGGUCCCUCUUCGCUUCCGCUCUCGAAAAUCACACCGCCAUCGUGAUCGCUUGUGCGCCCGCCAUGAGAUCAGUAGUCGGCCGCGGGUUGUACCCUCGAGUCAAGACAGCCGUGAGCAGCGGCAGGGACAAGUUCGGCAAAAUGUGGUCCAGCUCGUCUCACUCCGCCCCAUCAACACCGCUGGUAGAUCGAUUUCAAAUCUCAUCUCCAUGCGGGACCCCGAGCGCCUCUUCAAAGGGCGGGGCAGCUUUUGCAAAUGGUCCAUCGCUUCAGUCGAUGCCACUAACGAAACCGAGCCCAGUCGUAGGAUACAGUCGGUCCUUCAGCACAGGUGAAGACGACGACGUCGAGCUCGACUUUCGCAAUCCUACAUGCGAGGUUGCGCCGGCUGUCACGACCACGGUCACUGCCGACGACGCAUCGCUGCGGCCGCCGUCCAGCAGAAGCAGAAUCUACAUCACGCGUGAGAUUACCGUCACGGAGGAGCUUGUCCCCCCUCCCUCGAUCCCUGCGACCGGGCGAGAUGAUGUCGCUUCGAAAUGUGUUUCCAGACCUUGUAUGGACUCCGUCACGAACCUUGCCGGAUGUUUGCCGCUGGACCUUACCGCGUCUUCAUUGACGCGUGGCCAUGGUAGCGGCAUGUAG